AUGGCCUGGGCAGGAAACCAGACUUUGAUCUCCUACUUCAUUCUCCUGGGCCUCUUUACCCACUCGCCACUGCACCUGUUCCUCUUUUCCAUCAUCAUGGUCAUGUUUCUGGUGGCCAUCUCUGGUAACGGGCUGAUGCUGUUCCUGAUCAAAGUGGACUCACGCCUACACAGUCCCAUGUACUUCUUCCUCAGCUGGCUGUCACUCAUGGACCUCAUGCUUGUGUCCACCAUUGUGCCACGCAUGGCUGUGGACUUCUUCCUGGGUGGUGGUUUCAUCUCCUUCAUAGGUUGUGGACUCCAGAUACUCUUUUUUCUAACCCUCCUGGGUGAUGAGUGUUUUCUGCUGGCCUUCAUGGCCUAUGAUCGCUACGUGGCCAUCAGCAAUCCCCUGAGGUACUCAGUGGUCAUGAGCCGCCGUACCUGUUGGCUUAUGGUGGCAGGGUCCUGGCUCUUUGGUCUUGUGGAUGGCCUAAUCCAGGCCAUCUUCACUCUCCGCUUCCCAUACUGUAGCUCCCAGGAGAUCGACCACUUCUUCUGUGAAGUUCCAGCUGUGCUGAAGCUGGCCUGUGCUGAUACCUCGCUCUAUGAGACUAUGAUCUAUGUCUGCUGUGUCCUCAUGCUGCUCUUGCCCUUUGGGGUCAUCUCCACCUCCUACCUGCGCAUCCUGGCAGUCGUCUUGCGCAUGCGAUCCACCGAGGGAAGGCGGAAGGCCUUUGCUACCUGCUCUUCCCACAUGAUAGUGGUCUCCCUCUUCUAUGGUGCUGCCAUGAUCACCUACAUGCGGCCCCAGGCCUACCACUCCUCCAAACAGGACAAGGUGGUCUCUGCUUUCUACACCAUGAUCACUCCUAUGCUGAACCCUCUCAUCUACAGUCUAAGGAACAGGGAAGUGACAGGGGCUCUGAGAAAGCUCCUGGGAAGAUGUUCCUGA